ACAUAUUCCCUUGGCCCAGCUUUUCCUACUAAUAUCAUUAUCAUCCACUGUAGUACUGCAGAACCAUCCAUAUAACCUCCUGGUACCAUGCCCAAAUCCGAUUUUGAACGGCUGGCUGAGUGGAGGACACUCGGUGCGAGACAUUCUGAAGAGACUGUACAGCUCGCUAAGCGAGUCUUGUUAAGCGGUAAUGCUGGAGAUCAAGAAUGGGCCAUCAGGGAACAACUCGCCAUCGCUGCUCUUGAUCUGGGUCAGACAUUGUUAGCCUCAGAGCAAAUUGAGACGCUGUAUGGGAAGUUUCCUGGCUCACCUCGAGUGCGGAUUCUGGAUGGGUUGAAAUUUGAGGCCGAUGGAGACGUCUCGCGGGCUAGGGCGGUAUAUGAGGCCCUUUUGAAGGAGGACGAGACAAACAUUACUGCCCAUCAACGUAUCAUAUCUCUUGCUCUCCCAUCCCUUUCCGCUAUUCCUCUGCUCCUCUCUUAUCUUGAUGUUUUCUAUUCCGAUCCCGCCGCUUGGUCAUUAUUGGCAGAUUUGUACUCCGAACAAGGUCUUUAUUCUCAAGCACUCGGUGCUUUGGGACAUUUAUCCGUCAUAAAUAGCUGGGAUGACGGUGUAGUCAGACGUUGCGGUGAAGUGGCGUAUACUUUGGGGGAUUAUCAUUUGGCUUUGAAGCAUUUCCUUAGAGCAUCCGAAAUGCAAGGCGGCAAGGAAACUAAUGUGAACACGCGUCGUACAAGAACGUGGUGGGGAAUCAAGUUGGCUAUUCAACGGUUAUUGGACUCUCCAAACUUAGAGACUUCUGUUCCCGCGGAUCUUCAAACGUCUGAAAAACAUUUGCGACUGUUGGAUGAGCUGGCGACAGAGCGGCUAUUAGACGCAGGAGGCCAAGGACUUGACGUGCGUCGGAAAGUCCUCGGCGAGAAAGCUUUGAGACGAUGAUAGAAAAUCCUUCAAUCAUUUUUUAAGGGAAGUAAAAGUUGGAAGUCCUGAUGUGAUAUACAUACAUGUAGUUCAUAUAUAGGUUAUGAAGGUUGCAUAAUCAACCAAUGUAUAUGGAUGGAGCUUGACAACCCUGG